GCUCUUACAAACACAUAACUAUUCAUUCAACCAAGUAAAUCUCACCUAGCGUCUGAAUUCUAUCGAGCACCUUGACUGUUCAAAUUCAUCUUGAUAUACUCGCUUGAAUGACCGAACCUACUACUGCUAACCCCACAUCUGGGACAAUUGCAGUCGUUGUACCCGCCCCUUCUGGUGAAAAAUCUCAGCAGGUUGAUGUGAAUGAGCAUCUACUCUCGCUCGAGGAAGUCGAAAAAAAAUACUCUGUGUCGGUCGAUGCAGUGAAACCCACAUUGUCUAAAGGUCUUUCCCCAGCAGAGGCUAUCAAGCGUCUGGAGCAAUAUGGUCCCAAUCAGCUAUCACCGCCAAAAAAACGACACCCUUUUCUGCGUUUCAUGGAUCAUCUUCUCGGUUUAUUCAAUCUCAUGCUUCUCGUAUCGGGCAUUGCUGCCUAUAUUCUGCUUGCCAUCGACCCCAUUGCUAAUGCACAAAAUGUCUAUGUCGGUGCUAUUUUGAUUAUUGUUGCAUUCAUGAAUGCAAGCAUUGAAUUCUAUCAGGUUCAAAAAUCUCAAUCCAUUCUUGAAUCCUUUUUAAAUCUCAUUCCUUCUAAAUGUUAUGCUAUCCGCGAGGCAAAACUCGCACAAAUCUCUGCUCUAGAACUAGUAUUGGGCGACGUUGUGUUUAUCAAAUCUGGCGACAAGAUUCCUUCUGACUUGCGUAUUUUCUGGUCCAAUGAACUCAAAGUAGACAAUUCGUCUCUAACUGGUGAAGCUGAGCCUCAAGAACGUAACGCCAACAAUGUCAUGACAAGUCCACUGGAAGCAACUAAUUUGGUAUUCAACGGCACGCUCGUUGUCAAUGGCGAUGCUUAUGGUGUCGUGAUUCGAACUGGUGAUAACACUGUGAUUGGUCAGAUUGCGUCCCUCACGGCCAACGAGCAGCGUCGUAGUUCUCCGCUUUCGGAUGAGAUUGACACGUUUGUCAAGCUCAUUACUCUAGUUGCAGGAAUUGUUGCCAUCAUCUUCUUGAUUAUCGGUAUUGUUGCCAAGGGUCAAAAUGCUUCCCAAGCCCUCAAUUUCGCCAUUGGUACGUUUGUUUCGUUUGUACCCGAAGGUCUUCCGGCCACUGUCACCAUGUUGCUCACUAUUGCAGCAAAGCGUAUGGCUGGUCGUAAUGUGCUCGUCAAGGAUCUGCAGGGUGUUGAAACCCUUGGUGCCAUUACCCUUCUUGCUACUGACAAAACUGGCACUCUGACUCGUAACCAAAUGACCGUGACUUAUGUUUGGACUGGAUCUCGUCUGUUUUAUGCACAGAGUCAAUCGUCUACCGAGGCGCAGCACGCUGUUCCCUUGGACAUGGACCAUGCUGGUGUCAAUGAGCUGAUUCAUAUGUCACUUUUGUGCUCUCGUGCUCGUUUUGAGUCCAACGAUGGUCCAAUUGCUACUCGUCCUAUUCUUGGUGAUGCUACUGAAGCUGGUCUUUUGCGCAACGGUGCUGCAAAACUUGUUGAUUUCGAGUCUGUCGAAGACCGAUUCCCCAAGAUAUUCGAAAUUCCCUUCAACUCGGAAAACAAAUGGGCCAUGACGAUUCAUCAGAAAAAACAUGCCAAUGGCGAAAUGAUGGCUUACCUCAAAGGUGCACCAGAACGUGUUCUUCGUCUUUGCACUACCUUUUUUGAUGGUACCAAUGUCGUUCCUCUGACAGAACAACACAAGGCUUCGUUUGAAGACAUGUAUCAGUUUAUGGCUUCCAAAGGACAUCGUGUGCUUGCUUUUGCUGCUCUGGCUCUUCCCGGUGAUCAGUAUCCCGCCAAUUUCGUGUUUACCAAAGACCCUGUCAACUAUCCCAAAAACAAUCUUACCUUUUAUGGACUUGUUUCCCUUGAAGAUCCUCCCAAGCAUGGUGUACGUGAGGCUGUUGGUCACUGCCGUGAAGCUGGCAUUCGUGUCAUGAUGGUUACCGGUGAUCACCCUCUCACUGCCGAGGCCAUUGGUCGCAAAAUCAAUCUCAUGUUGCAAGACACCAAGGAAACCCUUGCCAAGAAGCGCAACGUACCCAUAUCACAAAUUCCGGAAAGCGAUGUGAAUGCUAUUGUUAUUCAUGGUGAAAAGAUUGAUGGUCUGACUGAAGCUGAUUGGGACAAUAUCUUUUCCAAAGAAGAAAUUAUCUUUGCUCGUACAUCUCCCAAACACAAGUUGCAGAUUGUCAAGCAUGCCCAAGCUCUCGGACACAUUGUUGGUGUUACAGGUGAUGGUGUCAAUGAUUCUCCUGCCUUGAAAAAGGCUGAUUUGGGUAUUGCCAUGAACGUGUCUGGAUCUGAUGUGUCCAAAGAAGCUGCAGCCAUGAUUCUGAUUGACGACAAUUUCGCAUCCACUGUCAAUGGUAUUGAAGAGGGUCGAUUGAUUUUCCAAAACUUGAAAAAAUCGAUUCAGUAUACUGUUACACACACUAUGCCUGAAGUGUGGGCCAACUUGCUCUAUAUCGUUGUUCCAUUGCCGCUGCCAUUGACUGCUAUUCAGAUUAUUAUUGUUGAUCUUGGAUUUGAACUGUUCCUUGCUCUUUCCUAUGCCUGGGAUCUGCCUGAAUCAAAGACUGGUUUGAUGAAACUGCGACCCCGUAAACCUGUUACUCCCGAGUCCAUUGCUCGUACCAAGCGUAUUGCUGCUCGUCAACCUGAAGGAUCUGCUGAAGCACAAGGAUUUGUUGCCAAAUUUACCAAGACGAUUUCUACUCCAUUUACAGCCGUGUUUUGGCAUGAUCUUAUGGAAAAGCGUGAUGAAGAAACUCUUGUUGAUUCUAACUUGCUUUUAUGGUCAUACCUUGAGGCUGGCACUAUUAUGUCGAUCGGUUGCUUUGUUUCGUACUUUGUUGCUUUUUACUACUAUCGUCGUAUUUUGCCGAUCGAUGCAGUCAACUUUGGCAGCGUUUGGGGAACAAAUACCGGUCCUAUUACACUAUCGAGUGGCUUAGUCUUGGAUAAUAAUGCUCAAUUGGAUACGCUCUACUAUGCACAAUCAGGCUACUAUCUUGCCAUUAUGAUUCAGCAAAGUUUCAACAUGUUUAUUUGCAAGGCUCGCUUUGGUAUUCCGUUUGGUUGGUUCAUGUUCAGCAAUAUAUACAAUUUUACUGGUCUCAUUGGCGGUGCUGCCUUUACCAUGGCAAUGGUCUAUAUUCCACCUUUCAAUGUUGCUUUUGGCACCAACUGGAGACUCCACCCCAUCUUGUGGUUGAUACCCAUGGCAUUUGGUAUCUUUUUAGUCUUUUAUGCUGUUGUUCGUAUUCUCAUUCAGCGUGCGCGCAAUCCCAUCAAGUAUUCCAAGGAUGUUGAUGGACUUCAAAUGCAUCCCACAAGAUGGUCUACUGGCAGAUAAACAACCGUCUUGUUUUAAUUCAAUCUUUACAAGCAAAUUCUAACUAGCAUUUUACCUACAAACUCUUGAAGCCAUACAAUAAAAAUGCAUAGCUUG